GCGCCCGCGCCGCCGCCCGCCCGCCGCCUCCCGCCCGCCGGCCCAGGCUGCACAGGCGAGCACGGCGCCGCGGCCGGCGGCCGAGAGGCGAGGAUGCGGCGGCGCUCGCGGGUGCUGCUGUGCUUCGCGCUGCUGUGGGUGCUGGGCAUCGCCUACUACAUGUACUCCGGGGGCGGCACCGCGCUGGCCGCGGGCGCGGGCGGCGCCGGCAGGAAGGAGGACUGGAAUGACAUUGACCCGGUUAAGAAGAAAGACCUGCACCACAGCAACAUGGAAGAGAGAGGACAGAGCGUGGAGACCCUCCCUCCAGGCAAAGUGCGGUGGCGAGACUUCAACCAGGAAGCGUACGUCGGGGGGACCAUGGUCCGCUCCGGGCAGGACCCCUACGCCCGCAACAAGUUCAACCAAGUGGAGAGCGACAAGCUGCGGAUGGACAGGGCCAUCCCCGACACCAGGCAUGACCAGUGUCAGCGGAAGCAGUGGCGGGAGGACCUGCCGGCCACCAGCGUGGUGAUCACCUUCCACAACGAGGCCCGCUCGGCCCUGCUCAGGACCGUGGUCAGUGUGCUUAAGAAGAGCCCGCCCCCCCUCAUCAGAGAAAUCAUCUUGGUAGACGACUACAGCAACGACCCGGAGGACGGGGCGCUCCUGGGGAAAAUCGAGAAAGUGCGGGUUCUCAGAAAUGAUCGGCGAGAAGGCCUGAUGCGCUCGCGGGUCCGGGGCGCCGACGCAGCCCAGGCCAAGGUGCUGACGUUCCUGGACAGUCACUGCGAGUGCAACGAGCACUGGCUGGAGCCGCUGCUGGAGAGGGUGGCCGAGGAUAGGACCCGGGUCGUGUCGCCCAUCAUCGAUGUCAUCAACAUGGACAACUUUCAGUACGUGGGGGCGUCCGCCGACUUAAAAGGGGGUUUCGACUGGAACCUGGUGUUCAAGUGGGACUACAUGACGCCCGAGCAGAGGCGCGCGCGGCAGGGGAACCCGGUCGCCCCCAUCAAAACCCCCAUGAUCGCGGGGGGGCUGUUCGUGAUGGACAAGUCCUAUUUUGAGGAGCUGGGGAAGUACGACAUGAUGAUGGACGUGUGGGGCGGAGAGAACCUGGAGAUCUCCUUCCGCGUGUGGCAGUGCGGGGGCAGCCUGGAGAUCAUCCCCUGCAGCCGCGUGGGGCACGUGUUCCGCAAGCAGCACCCCUACACCUUCCCCGGCGGCAGCGGCACCGUCUUCGCCCGCAACACCCGCCGGGCGGCGGAGGUGUGGAUGGACGAGUACAAAAACUUCUACUACGCCGCCGUGCCUUCCGCCAGGAACGUCCCUUACGGCAAUAUCCAGAGCCGCCUGGAGCUGCGGAAGAAGCUGAGCUGCAAGCCGUUCCGCUGGUACCUGGAGAACGUGUACCCGGAGCUACGGGUCCCCGACCACCAGGACAUAGCCUUCGGCGCCUUGCAGCAGGGCACCAACUGCCUGGACACGCUGGGCCACUUCACCGACGGCGUCGUCGGCGUGUACGAGUGUCACAACGCGGGGGGCAACCAGGAGUGGGCCCUGACCAAGGAGAAGUCGGUGAAGCACAUGGACCUGUGCCUGACGGUGGUGGACCGGACGCCCGGCUCGCUCAUCAAGCUGCAGGGCUGCCGGGAGAACGACAGCAGACAGAAAUGGGAGCAGAUCGAGGGCAACUCCAAGCUGCGGCACGUGGGCAGCAACCUGUGCCUGGACAGCCGCGGGGCCGCGGCGGGCGGCCUGAGCGUGGAGGUGUGCGGGCCGGCGCUGUCCCAGCAGUGGAAGUUCUCGCUGAACCUGCAGCCCUAGGCGCCACCGCCGCACCCGCGGGCGGUCGGAGACCACGGGAUCGAUCAAACUUUCCGCGAAACUAUAUACCUCAGUCUCCCAUCCCGUCUGCACGCCGGCGCCUUGGCACCGACGGGACGGGCGGCGGACACAACAGCGAGGGAAGAGGACUGAUCUCCAGUCACAGCGCAGCCUGGUCCCCUCCCUGGGCCGCCGCCCCUUCCUGUCGGCUGCCUCCUGGUCCUGCCCAGACGCCAAGGAGCAGCCCCAGCCACAGCGGGGAUGCGACAGCCGAGGCUCCAAGUGUGCGUUUGGGGGACGGGAGGGGGAAGGGGCGCGUGGCUCCAUCGCGGCGGGAGAACUCUCUGGAAACCUCCGUGUGCCCCAUCGCAAGUCCGCGUGGCCCACGGCGCCGACGGCCACCUGCAGGUCCGGCUCCCCGCCGCCUCCACACGACGCGAAGGACCUGCCGGAUCUGAACUUGAACGUUUCUGUGGCGGGACACUCACUAUAAAUAGAUAUAAAGAGAGCGCACGGCCGUUCCGGGGGUUUCUGUAGGCCCUCACCCUGUAAAUGCCCCUCGGAGCUGUGCCGGCCAUGCCCCCCGGGGGUGGCCCUGGCAGCGGACGGGGCCCCGUGGAGGCCAGGAUGCCAGCCGCGGCCCCGCCUCGCUGUUCGGCCCCAGCGUGGGCGUCACUGCUCUGUGUUGGAAUCCACUUUGCGUGCCCCUGGCAUCUGUAAACCUGGACUUGAUUGGACAAACGUUGCUUUAGGUCUUUUUCAAUGAAAUUUCUUUUCUCUAAGGAAAAACAAAAAAUGAUCCCACA